AAAAAUGAGAUGGUUUGUUUGCCUGGCGUAUGUAAACAGGAGCAGAACAGGAAGCAAACAGGAGGAAGACAGGAAGAAAACAGGAAGAGGAAGACAGGAAGAGAAAGAAGAAGGAAGAGAGGAACUGCGAAGGAAAGGAAGAGGAGACAGAAACAAAGGAGCACCGCAGGAGUGAUGUGCUGAGCUGAUGUGUAACCAUGAGCACAGAACACCUACCACCACCACCUCCACCACCACCACCGCCGCCACCUCCACCACCACAGCCAUCACAAGACAUCUCCCCCCCGCGGCCCCGCCCUCCUGGCACCCCCCUGACCCCCACUUGCCACCUGCCCUCCUCCCUAACAACCCUCGCUGCCCGGUCUGUGGCCAGGUGUCUUACCUAUGAGGACUAUGAGGACUGCUGCCACUACAGGUGGGACCCCGUCAACAUCUGGCAGUAUGAGAUCCCCCACAAAAAGAAGAAAGGGAAGAAGGCGACGGAGAGAAGCCAGAUGUUUGCCCUCAAUGAAAUGACCGUCCCGCCGCCCAAGCCUGCCUGGCAAGAGAUCCGCAAGUUCCGCGACUGGUGGUGGGAGACGAGUGCGCUGGGGGGCAUGGACUCAGUGCUGCGCCAACACCUCUUUGCUGCCUACGAACAGCUGAGUUGGACGGCGCACACGGAGGAGGAGUUCAUUCUAUUCCUGCUGCUGCGGAUCUGUAUCGAGACAAAGCGGGAGCUCGGCAACACGGAUUAUGUGAUUGGGUGCGAGUGGUGUCAGGACCUGUCCCAGAUCCUCUCCCAGCUCGGUCCGUUCCCGCUCCUCAAGCUGUACACCACGGAAGAGUCCCUUGACCUCGACCCCCUCCUCAUCAGUCUCGUCCAGCAGGCUCCGCACCUUCAGGUCGUCCAAAUCAGCCAGUGGGCGCUGAGCAACGACUUCCUGGCAGCGCUGGGGAGUCAUUGUCGCCUCCUGUCCGAGCUCUCCAUCCCACACAUGCAGCCGGAGGUCUUCAUGAGCGAGGAGCCAUUGUUCGAGUGCUUCUUCAGCGGGCGUGGCAGCGAGGUCGUCCUGAGGUGCUGGCGGGAGGGCGGACCUGACCCUCCUCUAUCCUUCCCUAAGCUCAAAGUCGUGGACAUGCUAUACUGGAAUUUCACACACCGGUUCAUCCACACACUCGCGCAUUUCUACCCUAAUGUGCGCUUACGGGAGGCCGACAUGGAGUUCCUACCGUGGAAAGUUAAUGGAACGGACAAAUCCUUCUUGGAGGACGCCGCGAGGGUACCGGCGAUGAGGCUUAACUGCAGGCUGUCUGAUAUCGUCCAGAUGCGUCGCGGGGGGGUGGUGGCUCAUCUCCCGCACCUCCGAGAGCUCCGUGUCAACAUGCCGCCCCUCGCAGACCUCAUCAUCACCCUGGACGAGCCGCGUGAGGACAUGGACAAGCUCGCCGCCCAGUUAGAGUUGCUCGUCAUAGAGAUGUCCACCGCGGAGACGAUCCACCAGGAGUCCGUUGUGGGCAGUGUGGUGACGCUCCGCCCGGUUCUCAAGGCGCGGGGGGAGGGGGUGACAAGCCUCCACCUGUGCUGCGAGGCUAAGUGGUUCGACGAGAGUGCCAUCUACCAGCUGAUCAAUCUAUGUCCGAGACUCUGUGUCCUGGCGCUGACGAUGAGGCUUGGCGAGAUGAAGGGGACGGUGGGAACCAGGACUGUGCUUCACCCCUGCCACACCCUGCACACCCUGGCCAUCCUCAACAGCAGCUGGGCGCCCCUGUCGACAGAACCCUGCUGCUACAGGGUGGUGCAGCGCAUACUGGAGGCUGCACAUAACUUGAAGGCGCUGAGUCUCUUCUGCACCAUGACAAUGAAGGACGACCUCUCCGCCCUCGCCUCGGACUCCCUGCGCAGCCUGCACCUCCAGUUCCUUGACGAGAGCGAGUACGACACUGCCGAGACGGACCUCAACUCCUUCCUCCGCACCAUUAUGCCGAAAUUCCCUCACCUCCACACGGUGUCCUUUUACGCCAAGUGCGACCCCAUCCCUGUCGAGGCCUUGAUCCCCCUGGUGAAGAUGGGCGUGAAUGUGACGAUGGGGAUGCCAGAGUUCAUGCAUCCUCUAAAGUGGGUGUUCUGGAGUUACGCGCAGAAGGGGUUGAGUGAGGCUUUCCGGUAGUUUAGUUUAGGGUGUGUGUGUGUGUGUGUGGAUGGGGGUUGGGGGAGGGAGUGGGUGGGGGAGUGUGUGUGUGUGUGUGUGUGUGUGUGUUCAGAAACAUCGAGAAGAGAGAGAGAAAAAGUAAUCAUGCAUAAUUUCGUUGUGCCAAAAAAUACGAAAAUGUUAAGUAUUGUAAGGUCAUAGUGUAUGUGUGUAUGUGUGUGUGUGUGUGUGUGUGUGUUUUGUAUGUAGUACAUAAGAAAUUCUGCUUUACGAGAACUUACUGAACCACCAACCCACUCUGGUGUUAAUCGCAACUUGAAAAAAGAAAACGGACUGUGAGUUACAUUUUCAAUCAUAAACUUAAUCAUUUUGAAGAUAGAAAAAAACAAGGAAAUGCUGUAUAUGUGUGUGUAAGAAAAUGUGUCUUUGAAGCGCAUACUAAACUAAACCAAAGUUCAUUGCAACAGAGAAAAAAAAUAAGGAAAAUGCUCUCUGGUGUUAAUCACGACUUGAAAAAAGGAAAACAGA